GCAGCAUCCUCUUUGGUGUCAGUCAACCAAAACCAAUUAUCGACAGUACCCCCUGGAAACCCCUGGUACUAUAAUACGACUAUACUGCUGCUGUCUCAUCGAUACCUUGAGGUUCUCCGGGCUGACUGUCGCCUUUCCACCAAACAGCACUCAGGCUGGGGUUUGAGCUGGCCAACAACCUCACGCAAUCCUUUCAUCAUGUUACAGUCUCGCAAAUUUUACCUUUCUCUCGUCGGCGUUGUUGCAUGGUCAAGCACGGCUGCAGACUCAAUCUUGUCUAUUCUGGAGGCAGCAUCGUUUUCUUCGGCUCAAUCGUCCCUCGUCAACAUUGCUGCUGUGGCAGGCACGGUCGACGUUGUCUCUCUCUGCUGCAUUGGCUUCUACAUGUUCCACAAUGUAGGAGAUGUCCGCGGAGCUCUAGAACGAUCAGGUCGGGCAAGAAAGGCUCUUGUAGCCACCAGCGUCCUUGUAUCAGGCGCUGCGCUGGUACUUUCCCUCAUCCUGAUCAUCAUGAUCAAGUCAAGAUGGGCAGAAGUUACUGCUGGCCCCCUCAGUGGACCAGUCUCAGACUGGGACAGCCAUGUCUCAGGUCAAAUAGCAGCCUGGGCCAUCUCCUGCUCCAGUCAGAUUAUCCUCUACACUUCGUCCCUGUGGAACCGCAAGACACCUAAAGUGCAGACCGUCGUCACAUCAGGUCCUCGUGACUCAGUCAUGAGUGAGCUGCGAACUUCACGCCCAAACAAUCUCCACUUCGCAGAGCCAGUCCAACCUUCGUCCCCUUUGGCCGCUCACCAGCAACCUGAGAUUCUAGGAGCCUUGCCCUCUCCUACCUUCUCCACUCGCUCAUCACAGUCACUCAAAUCUUUCAGAGAUUCUCUUCGUCACGUAGUCCGUCCAGUCACAUCGCGUACCACUCUCAUCAGCCAGAAGUCCUUCACCAAAGACGCCCCAGUCAGCAUUUAUUCGAAUCGGCAGUCAAUCGAUACCGUCUCCCAUUCAGAUGGUUUCGAUAGUUGGGACACAAGCAGCGUGAGUCUUCCAGCACGCGAUGUCGUUCUGCAAGCAGCACCAUCAAGAGGCACGACUUUGGAGCCAAUUCCCGGCAGUCGCCCGAAUUCGCCUGCGCGUGCAUUGGACGGUCCAUUCCUUUCAGAGCUUCCAGAGGAGGAUGAAGACUUGGCCCCACCUCCCAGGAUGAUGCCAGACAUUUCGCGUCCUCCUAGUCCGGCAUGCAGCGAGGCUCAUAUUCAUCCACUAUUCAGGUCAGAAAGUCCGUCUGGUCUGCCACCUCCUGCAGCAACGCCUGGUACCAGCAUUAUGGCCAGCCCAUACUCAAACCAAGCCAUCGCAUGCCCUCCACGCUCAUUUAACCGGAUGAGGUCGAGCAGUAACCUCAGCCAAACUGCAGUAGGCCCUCCCUCUCUUCAUCAGGCCAGAAGCUUCACUCGCGAACGUGCGGCAAGCAUGCAGUCCAAGUCUAGGAGUCCAUCUCCUCCUAGUCGGGCAAUGACACCUCCGAUUCCUGACUUCGUGCUCAACUCCUCUCCACGAAGCAGCAUGAGCGGCUCCCGUCGAGUCGCCUUGCAAUACUCUCCAGAUCGAUGAUUGAUCUAACGUUAUUUCCUUGAUUUCAUCCACGUUAUGUGCAAGAUGUAAUGUCUCUACACGUUUGUACGAUACGAUUUUCCUAGCUGUUCAUACCUUUGGUGUUUCCUUCAUGUUACAUAUUCCCUUCUGUCACUGGCUCUCGCCCUCACGGGGGUUUGAUCGAGCGUUGAGCGUUCUCGCAUCGCAACUUCAUUAGGUCUGGGCUCCAGCAUAUAGGGCUGUUUGAGCGGACGAAAUAUUUCAUCGCAUUUAGCAUCUUACUUUUUUGCUGGUCAAUUGGUGGCGUAUCACAAAGAAAGGAAACCCGGAUCGGAUAAGAACGGAAGAGACAAAAUAAGCCGCAAGGCAAGGCG